ACACGCUGACUAUGAGGGAGAAAAACACACAUGGAACUUGCUAUGGGUUGGGGAACUGCAAUAGGCUACAUACUUCCAUGGGAAAUAUGGGCUAGAGUGAUGCACCAUCAAAGUGAUUUAUUAGUUCUCAUCUAUUAAAGAUUGAUGCCACAGUCAUUGAUUUUAUGGAUGACGACACUGGCUGGCUACAUCCCAUCUUAUGGAGAUAGGAUUGCAGCAAGACGCUUCUGUUUGCAACGUCAUGGUGCAAGUACAAAAGAAUCAACAAAAACUUCAUUGCUUGAAAAACUGAAAAAAAAGAUGGCCAUUGGUGGGAAUGAUGAUGAUACUAAUAACCAGGAGACUUCUACAGCUAAACGGAAAAGAAGUUACGCAAAACACAACAAAUGGGCAGAAAAAGCAACAAGAAAAACUGAGUUGGGGUGGAUCCACGAAGUCCGAAAACGUGGGGGGGGGGGGGGGGGCAAGGACCCUUGAUGUCCCCAAAGAAUCCAAAAAAAGAGGACAUAUUACAGUAUGCCAAAGACAUUUUCUUCCCAAAAGGACAAAACAGAGUAGGAAAAUUUGAAGCAUUUAGUCAUGACAUAUUAGACUAUCAGGAGGAAACUAUUUUUGAUAACGUUAUUACAGUUGGAGAACUGUACAGCAUACUUAAAAUGGGAGUGUUGCGCUUUUACCUGUGCACUAAGGCCCCAGAAGACACGGAAGAUGAAGAAUGUGAUGGGGGAAAAUCAGAUGUGAACAAGGAUGUUCAUAAUGACAUGUUAGAAAAAGAUGAGCAGCCUUUUCAAACUGUUGCUAUAGAGGCAAUCCUAGACACAUCUGAGAUGAUGCUUGGCCCCUAUCUUGGAGAACCCAUGGCUGGCCAAAUGGAUGACACUUUGAUAUAUCAACCUGGCCUGCAGAACGAUGAGGACAUUAUCAUCACAUCAGACCUCAUUCCCAGAAUAAGCUCAGCACUCAGUACUCCAUACACUGCAUCUAUAGGUGACAACACAUUGAGCAUGCCUCCCCCAAUAAGCACAGCAUUCUCUAAUUCAGACACAGCAUUGACAGAUGAUGAAGCUUCCAGCAUGCCUCCCCCAACAAGCACAGCAUUCUCUACUUCAGACACAGCAUUGACAGAUGAUGAAGCUUCCAGCAUGCCUCCCCCAACAAGCACAGCAAACGUUACUCCAGAGUCAGCAUCUAUAGGUGAGGUAGCAAGUAGUUCUACUGUUUCAUAUGAUGUUGUGCAUAUCACCAUAAAACUUCAUAGGGUAAAUCUUCUAGAGGAGAUGAUAGGCCAAUUCAAGGAUUCAGCACUUCUCAAGCAUAACCUGAGAUACACUUACAUAGAUGAAAAAGGAGCUGACGCGGAUGGUGUCUCAAGGGAUGUGUAUGCUACAUUUUGGACCGAGCUACUGGACCACACAGCUGAAGGGGACGACCAGAGGAUUCCAUCUCUGUGUCCUAAGUGGCAAGAAGAAGAGUGGAAAUCCAUUGGCCGAAUUCUACUGAAGGGAUUUCAAGACCAUGGCUAUUUUCCCUGUCGCCUUUCUCCUGUUUUUGCAGUGGCACUUAUUUUUGGUGAGAGUGAAGUCUCAGAUGAUGUGCUUUUUGAAAGUCUUCUGUAUGUCAGUCAGUCAGACAGGAAUCUGAUCACCACUGCCUUAAAGGAAGAUCUUUCAGAAGAGGAAAGGGAUGAGCUGAUUGACCUUCUGGACCGUUUGGAUGUAACAGCACUUCCAACACAACAGAAUUUAAAAGGCAUCCUUCUGAAAGUGGCACACAAGCAGUUGAUCCAAAAGCCAAGAUAUGCAUCUGAAAAGAUGUCCUUUGUUGCUGGUUCCUCCCUAAGAGAAGCUUUUGCAAGCCCACAAGAUGUCCUGCACAUGUAUGAGGACAAAAAGCCAACAACCAAAAGGCUUUUGAAAAUGCUAGAUGCCUCUCCUUCAAGUCAAGCAGAAACCCAAAGCUUUCGUUUCUUGCAACAAUACAUCAGAGGCUUAGAUGAGGCAGGUCUCCAAAGAAUUUUAAGAUUUGUGACAGGGUCAGAUUUCACGUGUCAACAAAAUUAGCAUCAUGUUCACGGCAGUUGAUGGACUUGCACGAAGACCUGUUGCACAUACUUGUGGUCCAGUUCUGGAACUGCCUUGGACAUACGGUUCCUAUCCGGAGCUACGCACUGAGUUUGACAGUGUACUGAUUGACAAAACAUCCUACAAGUUCAGUCUAGCUUAGGUUUGUUAUAUUAUGAUAUGCUCAUCUUAGCUGGAGGUGCACAUAAUGUCUAAAGAUAUUCAGAGCAGAGCAUUUUAUGACCUGUCAAGUUGAUGCAAAAAAAAUCCCUGUUACUUUAGUUCUUCCAGAGUGCAGCUCAAGACCUGACCGCUGUUCUAUACUCGUUACCUGUCUGGGAGUUCUCUAAUGAGUUACCUAAUACAUGCUCUGCAUGUAAAUGUACUGUUACGUGAAAGAGCAAUUUGAUACUACAAUGAUUGUUCUAAAUAUUGCUACAAAAUGAAUGUAGACUUGCACUUAUAUCCAUUGUUUUUUUUAUUGAUUAUAGAUUGCACCUUAAUGUUGGGAAACACAAACAGUUUAUUUUAUGUAAUGUUUACAUUUUUGAUAUGCAUAUCUGAUCUUGGAUCUCAUGUCAAAUAAUAGUGCACAUAGUGUUUAAAGAUAUCAGAGCAGAGCAUUUUAUGACCUGUCAAGUUGAUCCAAAAAAAUCCCUGUUACUUUAGUUCUUCCAGAGUGCAGCUCAAGACCUGACCGCUGUUCUAUACUUUUGUUACCUGUCUGGGAGUUCUCUAAUGAGUUACCU